AUGUCCUCACGUCAACAGCCGCCAUGGCGGCAACCGCCCACCCCAACGGGCGUAGAGCUUCCCCCGUUGCAAGUAUGGAACUCGCUCACCAAGUCCAAGACGCCCUUUGUUCCCUUGGACCCAUCUGGGAAGAAGGUAUCUUGGUAUGCGUGCGGACCGACCGUCUACGAUGAUGCGCAUUUGGGGCACGCGCGGAACUAUGUCAGCACGGAUAUCAUUCGGCGCAUUAUGCGCGACUAUUUCAAGUUCGAUGUCAAAUUUGUGAUGAACAUUACAGAUGUCGACGAUAAGAUCAUCCUCCGCGCUCGUCAACAAUAUCUUUUCAACGAAUACAUCGCUGCGAAUGCCACCAUUACACCAGAAGUCCUCGAUACCGCCCAGAAAGCAUAUAGCGCAUACAUCAAGAAAAAUCUCGCUCUUCUGGACCCCGCGCUGCCUGCAGCGCAAUAUCAAAAGGAGGUCGGAAAGACCUAUGCGACAGUACUGAAUGGCGGCGCUCUCCCGGGCAACGAGAAGGCCGGUGACGAUGAAGCCAAAGUGAAGAUGCACAUCAAAACCGCCGCUUCGGCCGCUAGUGCCCUGGAAAUGGCAGAGAAUGGAAGCGAGGGUGACGCCGCCGCUUUCGCCAAGCUGUUCUUUACCCAGGCGCAGGAUGUUCUCCUGCCCUACUUGGAUGCCUUGAAGGGCUCUUCGAUCGACGCGGACGACCACGGUAUCUUUACCAAGCUGACAAAGAAAUACGAAGAUCGCUUUUUGAAGGACAUGCGAGAUCUGAAUGUCCUCGAUCCCGAUGAGUUGACUCGCGUGACGGAGUAUGGUGCGGAGAUUGCGGAUUUCGUCGAGCGCAUUGUCAAAAACAAGUUCGGUUAUGUGACCGAGGACGGCUCUGUCUACUUCGAUAUCCGUGCAUUCGAGGCGGCAGGCCAUCCCUACGCCCGACUUGAGCCCUGGAGCCGAUCCGACAACAAACUGGCCGCGGAGGGUGAGGGCUCUCUGAUUGCCAAGACCACAGAGAAGCGGAGUGCGUCCGACUUUGCGUUGUGGAAGUCAUCAAAGCCCGGUGAGCCAAGCUGGACAAGUGCAUGGGGCAAGGGUCGUCCAGGCUGGCACAUUGAAUGCUCGGCCAUGGCCUCAGCCCGACUGGGCAAACAGAUGGACAUUCAUUCCGGUGGUAUUGACCUCGCGUUCCCGCAUCAUGACAACGAGCUUGCUCAGAGUGAGGCGUACUGGGACGAUGGUCAUAAAUGCGAACAGUGGGUCAACUACUUCUUGCAUAUGGGUCACUUGUCUAUUCAGGGUUCGAAGAUGUCCAAAUCUCUCAAGAAUUUCACAACUAUCCGAGAGGCUCUUGACCGCAAGGACUGGACACCCCGCAGUCUGCGUAUUGUCUUCCUUCUUGGUGGCUGGAAGGAAGGCUGUGAGAUCACUGAUGAAUUGGUGAGCUCUGGAAACGCUUGGGAAGACAAGCUCAACAACUUCUUUUUGAAGGUCAAGGAUGCCUCUGCCCUUCAAGGCUCAGGCAGUGAUACCAGCUUCGCGGAUGAUCUGGAAGCUGCCAAGGCUGCUGUUCACAAGCACCUGUGCGACUCAUUUAACACGCCGGGUGCAAUGCAAGCCGUUUCUGAGCUCAUCACCAAGUACAACACCGCCGACAAGGCGACGCUUGACCCCAAGGUCGUCGAAGCUGCUGCUGUCUGGGUGACAUCAUUUGUUAACAUGCUCGGCCUGAAUGGCACUGAGUCGGUUGAGAGCACCACAGUUGGCUGGUCAGGCAUCGAUGUCCCCGACGAGGCCAAGCCUUUUGUCUACCCGCUCGCCUCGAUGCGAGACACGCUUCGCCAGGCAGCUCGCUCGAAGGACGGUAUUUCAUCGCAACAGAUUGAGGAGACACUCAACACGACCUUGCCGGCUGAAGUCUCGGAUGCCACGAAACCAUAUGCGAAUGCAGUCGCCAACUUCCGGGACAGAGUUUCCUCUUUGAAGUCCUCAGCCUCAAUUGAGAAGGACAUUCUCGCCCUCUGCGACCGCGUUCGAGACGUUGAUCUUUUCGACCUGGGGAUCUAUCUCGAAGAUCGGGACAAUCUCCCGGCUCUUGUUCGUCCAGUCACUCGCGAGAUGAUCCAAGCGCGAGAGGAAAAGGAAGCGCGUGCGAAACAAAAGCAGCUGGAAAAACAAAAGCGCGAGCAGGAGGCACUGAAGCAAUUAGAAAAAGGCAAGUUGAGCCACCUGGAGAUGUUCCGGACGAACGAAUACAGCGCCUGGGAUGAGGAUGGCCUGCCGACGCGGGAUGCCGCUGGCGAGGAGCUCACGAAGAGCAGAACGAAGAAGCUCCGCAAGGACUGGGAGCGCCAGAAGAAGGCGCACGAGGCUUGGCAAGCGAGUCAAGCUAAAUAA